CCGAUUCGCUACUCGAAUACCCCCUUGGUCUGAUUCACAUGGUUUGCAGCGGUGCAGGUACGUUAGAACAAGUUUUUUAGUACAUGUCCGAACCUGAUGCUUUGUAUAUGCUUCUGUAUUCGGCAAUUCCAGAUCCGAUUCUAGUUUUGAAGUAGUUUUUGUGAUUGCAGCGCAUCCCUACCUAUUCUGGGGCCCACUAAGGUCCAAAAGAUGGUGGCUCCAGAUACUGGCGGUAUUUAUGUGGAUGGCACGUUCGGACGCGGUGGCCAUUCUAAGGCGAUGUUGGCUGCAAUGUCACCCACAGGAAAGCUGCAUGCCUUCGACAUGGACCCAGAGGCUAUCAAGGUUGGCAAGGAGUUGAUGGAAAAGGAUUCGCGAUUCACUAUUCACCACGCACCAUUUAGCUCCAUGAGGAAAGUCCUCAAGACUGUCGGUGUGAAAUCAGGCUCCGUUGCGGGAGUGUUCCUCGACGUUGGCAUCUCGUCUCCGCAAUUUGAUGAUACCGGUCGUGGAUUCCGACCUGAGGCCGAUGGGGAUUUGGAUUUGAGAUUUGAUACAUCCAAGGGUGUUCCGGCGUCAGAAUUUUUGAUGCGGGUCCCUCAUUCUGAAUUGGCCCAGAUCAUCGACGAGUACGGUGAGGAAACAGUUGCAGGUCACGCGUCCAGACGCAUAGCUGAUGCGAUCUGCUUGGCUCGGUCGCGCGGCGAGCUGCCAACGCGCACGAAGCCUUUUGCAGAACUUGUUGCUCGUGCCAAGGGCAAGGAGACCUCAGGGCAGGUCAUGCAUCCUGCCAAGAUGACCUUUCAGGCGUUGAGAAUUCACUUGAACGAUGAGUUUGGAGAGAUGAGGAAGGGCAUGUGGGCUGCCUACAAACUGGUGGGCGAAGGUGGGCGCAUCGGAUUAAUCACUUGGAAAUUUUCAGAGCGUCGUAUUGUGGAUGAGGUCUUCCGUUCCCUUCAGGCAGUCAGGGAGAACGAGCCCUUGCUCAAAUGGUACGAGCAGCAACCCGAUGCGCCUUCUCUGCCCGAUGGGCCGUCGCUGGAGGACGACGAAGUGGUACGUCCCUCUGAAGGUGAGUUGCAAAGGAACUCUCGGUCCAAGGCUGCUCUGCUGCACGUGAUGUACAAGCGGAACAAGCCGCGGCUAUCGCAUCUGGAGGAGCGAGCAUAUGCGCUGCCAGCCUGGGCCGAAGUUGUCGCGCCAGUCGUGAGCGCCAAAAACAAAGGGAGCAAGUUCACGAAGCAGGCAAAGAGGCAGAGCUCCGACAGCGAUGCGAACUAUUCUGAACAUGAAGCGCCACAGCAUCGGCCGAAGAAGCGCGCAAAGUAA